GAACGUUUACCCAGUGUCUCGUUUAACCACAUUCCACCAGUAUUCGGUAGAGCAGAGGAAAAAGUCUCUCACCUCACCGUGUCGCAUAACUUCUAGAGUGGUGGUCGAGAAAAAAACAGUGCUUACUUCGAUGUCCGAAAAAAGAUAAAUAUUUGAUGUACAGAAAAUUCGCUUUUUAGGUGUAACAUAAGCCUUUCAUUCAAUGUGAUGUUGAGUGCAAUUUUAGCAUUUAUUUGAUGACGAAUGGUGUGCAAUACGGUGCGUAGGAGUGAUUUAUAAAAAAUCGACAAAAAAGAAAUUCGCCAAGCGCAGCGGAAGGGAAGUGCGUAAGACAUGUCAAUAGAUUUGGAGAAAAAUCGAGAAUCCAUCGUGAAGGCCUGGACGACGGUGGUUGACACGAAAAGCUCCACCAACUGGGCCCUCUUCUCGUACGAAGGACAUACCAAUGUGCUCAAAUUGCAGGAAACCGGGGAGGAUGGUCUUUCCGAACUGGCCGCCGAGUUUAACUCGGGGAAAAUUCAAUACGGGUUCGUACGGGUUGACAGCAAAGAGACUGGAAUUGCAAAGUUCGUGUUCAUCCAUUGGCAGGGAGAGGGAGCACCUACAGCUCGCAAAGGAACCUGUACCAAACAUGUCCGAGACGUGACCAACCUGAUACAUGGAGCGCACAUCACGAUCAACGCAACCACCGAAGAUGAUGUCGAAGAAGCGUUGAUACUGGAAAAGCUGCAGAAAGUAAUCGUCAAUGAUUUCAAGGUCAAAGAUUACUCACAAGCCAACGAUGUCCAGAAGCCGGUGGGCACAAACUACAGCCGAGUCAUUCCAACAAAGGAGAUCAAUCCUGCCGAGCGUGAUGAGUUUUGGCGGAAGGAAGAAGAGGAGGAGAAACAUCGACUGCAACUGGAAUACGACCGAAAGCUGCAGGAAACAGUGAAACUGGAAGAGGAACGGCGUCGUCGUGAAGAACGCGAGUUCGAAAAACGGGAAGCGGCUCUGGAAGCGCCCCAGAGUCCCGAUAAGAGCUACGCACGGCAAGCUUCGGACAGUUCAAAGACGGAACGAGACCGUGAGAUCAAGCAGAUUGUGGAAGCCAGCGGAAAGGUCAGCUCGGCUAAGGCACGCUUCCUGUAUAGUGCAUUAAGUCCAAUACACAUUCAACAAACGGUAGCUCCGGAGCUGAUUAUGUCACCGGAUUCAUCGAACGAAGAGACAAGCUUGAUCAAUGAACUGAAGGCUGAAGUGGAAGCUGAACAGAACGGACAGAAUGGUGCAACAACGACGACUGAGCCGUUGGCACAGGCACAGGAGUUCUUCGAUCCAAAUGCCACCAUCGAUUUGUCGGAUGAGGAUAACAUGAUCAAAGCGAGGGCUUUGUACGACUACCAAGCGGCGGACGAAUCUGAGAUCAGUUUUGAUCCCGGUGAUACUAUUACUCACAUUGAUCAGAUCGACGAAGGCUGGUGGCAAGGAUUGGCACCGGACGGUAGCUAUGGGUUGUUCCCAGCCAACUACGUGGAAUUGCUCUAAAUGGCCGACAAGGAUUUGAAUCUUUCAAACAAGUCACCACACACAUCCCGCUGAGCAGAGACAGCAAGCACACGCUUUGUCAUGUGUAAUAGAGUAGGAUAGACGACACCGACCUCUAAGUUGUAUUUUAUUCAUUGUCAUUUACAAUCGUAAACCAUAACGCAUAGAAUCGUAUUAUUGUACCCUGUUUUCCCUCUAAACAAAUUUAGAGGAACCCAUUAAUCAUCACAAUAUGCAGCGACGAAUCUGAUUCGUAUGCAAGCAUUAUGAAUAAAGACAAUUUAUCAUUACAUCGUCAUGUUUUACACACGAUAGGAAAAAAAAACUCAAAUUUAACUGUUGUUAUUAGAUAAACUUUAAAAUUCUACUACCCCGCAAGAAUUAAUAAAGUAACCUUUUUCUCUUAUGCGACACGAGAAUUAGUAACGAGCAAAUAAACUUGCA